AAGAAGUGAACCUCAACCUGAAGUUGGAGGCGACGAAAAAGAAACAAGUAAAGGAACCGGUCGAAGCGAAGCCCGAAGAAGAAAAGGAGGUAGAACCCAAGCCGACCAAGAAGGAUGAAAAGACCAAAAAGGAGGCGGAAGCCAAGGCCAAGCAAGAAGCCGAAGCCAAGGCAAAGGCUGACGCUGAAGAGGCCAAGAAGAAGGAGGCCGACUCCAAGAUCUCCAAGAAGGAGGAGAAGGCCAAGCAAGAAGUCGAAGCCAAGGCUAAGCAAGAAGCCGAAGCCGAGGCCAAGCCAGAAGCCGAAGCCAAGGCUAAGCAAGAAGCCGAAGCCAAGGCCAAGCAAGAAGCCGAAGCCAAGGCCAAGCAAGAAGCCGAAGCCAAGGCCAAGCAGGAAGUCGAAGCCAAGGCAAAGGCUGAUGCUGAAGAGGCCAAGAAGAAGGAGGUCGACUCCAAGAACGCCAAGAAGGAGGAGAAGGCCAAGCAAGAAGCCGAAGCCAAGGCCAAGCAGGAAGCCGAAGCCAAGGCAAAGGCUGAUGCUGAAGAGGCCAAGAAGAAGGAGGUCGACUCCAAGAUCUCCAAGAAGGAGGAGAAGGCCAAGCAAGAAGCCGAAGCCAAGGCCAAGCAAGAAGCCGAAGCCAAGGCUAAGCAAGAAGCCGAAGCCAAGGCCAAGCAAGAAGCCGAAGCCAAGGCAAAGGCUGAUGCUGAAGAGGCCAAGAAGAAGGAGGUCGACUCCAAGACCGCCAAGAAGGAGGAGAAGGCCCAGAAGGAGGCCGAGGAGAAAGCCAAGAAGGCGGUCCAAGACCUCAAAGGAGCUCAAAGUGGCAAGCAAGAAGCCGAAGCCAAGGCCAAGCAGGAGCCGAAGCCAAGGCCAAGCGAAGCCGAAGCCAAGGCCAAGCAGGAAGCCAAGGCCAAAGCUGAUGCUGAAGAGGCCAAGAAGAAGGAGGCCGACUCCAAGAUCUCCAAGAAGGAGGAGAAGGCCAAGCAAGAAGCCGAAGCCAAGGCCAAGCAAGAAGUCGAAGUCAAGGCAAAGGCUGAUGCUCAAGAGGCCAAGAAGAAGGAGGCCGACUCCAAGAAGGUGGAGAAGGCCAAGCAAGAAGCCGAAGCCAAGGCCAAGCAGGAAGCCGAAGCCAAGGCAAAGGCUGAUGCUGAAGAGGCCAAGAAGAAGGAGGCCGACUCCAAGAUCUCCAAGAAGGAGGAGAAGGCCAAGCAAGAAGCCGAAGCCAAGGCUAAGCAGAAGCCGAAGCCAAGGGCCGCAGCGAAGCCGAAGCCAAGGCUAAGCAAGCCGAAGCCAAGGCCAAGCAGGAAGCCGAAGCCAAGGCAAAGGCUGAUGCUGAAGAGGCCAAGAAGAAGGAGGCCGACUCUCAAGAUCUCCAAGAAGGAGGAGAAGGCCAAGCAAGAAGCCGAAGCCAAGGCCAAGCAAGAAGCCGAAGCCAAGGCCAAGCAAGAAGCCGAAGCCAAGGCAAAGGCUGAUGCUGAAGGGGCCAAGAAGAAUGAGGCCGACUCCAAGAUCUCCAAGAAGGAGGAGAAGGCCAAGCAAAGCCGAAGACAAGGC